AUGCAACUACCCAGGAUGUCAUCCACUGCUGCCUUUGUCUUCCUCGAGACACUCUGGGAGGCCGGAGUUAGUCAUGUAUUUGUCGUCUUUGGCUUCGAUAAUCCUUCGAUCUUGGGAGCCAUUGGAGUCGGUCAGAAGACCAGACCAGAUCGCUUCCCCAAGAUUGUAACGUGUCCGACAGAGUUUGUCGCGGUGUCCAUGGCAGAUGGCUUUUCCCGAUUAACAGGGAAAAUGCAAGCUAUCUUUGUGCGUGGCGACGUGGGAACAGAGGAAUUGGGUGCUGCGAUGCAUAAUGCCUCGAUUGGACGAGUGCCGGUGCUCGUCUUUGCGGAACUGUCGUCUAUAGCACUGAACGGGGAAACGGCCGGUUUUCGGUCUGACUAUAAGCAGUAUAUCCCAGAUUUGCCUGAUCAGAGACAAAUUGCCUCGCAGUAUUGCCGAUACACGGAGCAGAUUACGAAGGGGAAGAAUAUCCGGCAAUUUGUUAACAGGGGAAUACAGUUUGCGAAUAGUGAACCUAAGGGCCCUGUCUAUCUAACCGCUGCGAGGGAAAUACUGGCAGAUGAGGUUGAAAGUAUACCGAGUCUAUCAUUGAAAGUGUCUGUAUCGCCUUCGCCUCUGUCCGAUUUUGGGGUGGAGAUGAUCGCGAAUCAUCUGGUCUACGCAGACGAACCACUCAUUAUCACCAGCUACUCAGGACGAAAUCCAGAAGCAGUGAGCAAUCUGAUUGCAUUGGCCGACACUGUCAAGCAUCUUCACGUGUUGAGCAUGGGCGGCAGUGAAAUGUCCUUCCCAGCAAACCAUCCUGCGUCUUUAGGAACACGAUGGGGGGCACAUCCAGCAGUCGCAACGGCAGAUGUCAUCCUAGUCCUUGACUGCGAUGUUCCAUGGGUGUCUACGCAAUGCAGACCGUCAGGUUCCGCAAAGAUCUUCCAUAUUGACAUCGAUCCAUUGAAACCGCAGAUGACUCUCUGCGACAUUCCUUCUCUGGCAACAUUUCGCGCCGACUCGGCCAUGUCAUUCAAACAACUCAACCGCUGCAUCAAUAACUGCGCUCUCAUGAAAUCCCAAAUCGCCCAAACGAUGAGCUAUCGCGAUGGGUUUUAUAGAUACCGCAGACUUUCCAACGAGCAUAUCCCCGUCUACGGUCCGCGCGAUCCCCUCAACGCAUUCCAUCUGAUAAAAGAAGUCCGCAAGUUCUGUCCCGAAGAUACAAUCUGGGCCGUUGAAGCGGCUACUUUAUCAUCCAUCGUGGCCAAUCAAGUCGCAGCCACACAUCCCAAGUCGUGGUUUACCUGUGGCGGAGGCCAUGGAUGGUCUGGUGGUGGUGCACUAGGCAUCAAACUAGCCACUGACUUCCUGCGUGGAGGCAAAGGGAAGGGGAAAUUCGUGUGCCAGAUUGUCGGCGACGGGGGAUAUAUGUCUUCCAUUCCCAGCUCUGUGUAUUGGAUAUCUCACCGGUAUGGGAUCCCCGUGCUUACCAUCAUGCUGAACAACGAGAGAUGGGCUGCUCCUCGCCCAGCUCCGUUGGCUGUUCAAUCGAACGGGUAUGGAUCAAGGAUGAUAAGCAAGAAGCUGGGAGCGUCAUCUCAGCAGUCGCCUAAUUAUCCUGGUAUUGCUGCUGCUGCGUCCGGGGGGAGUAUCUGGGCUGGAUGUGCGUCGACAGUGGCUGAGUUGGCAUAGCUAUUACCAGACGCUGUGGAUAGUGUGUUGGAUGGGAGAAGUGCUGUCCUUGAGGCGAAACUGUGCAAAUCAUCAGGUCGUGUAACCUGAGGAUGUUUUUUACUGGUUUUAAUAUCUACUGCUCGCAAGGAUGGAUCCUGUAAUUAUCGUGACUAGAACGAAUACAACUGCUGCCUAACUAUGACAA